CCUCUUUUGAUUUCCUUCCUCAUAUUUUUAACAGUUAUCUUUUACUUUCAGAUGUUAAAGGAUUGCAUUCAAUGUUUUUAUCAUCGUCGGAAACGCAUGGAUGAUCUCGACUUUACGAACUAGCUGAAAUAUCACCGUAAAAUAUGAUAAUUUGUUGUUUUUAGUCAACCAAUGAGAAAGUUGGAACUCUCCAAUUUUGAAAAACACGUUUAUUACUUUGCUAUUUAUGGUAAAUUUAUUGACACUUGUUAAAAUGUGCGAAGUUUGAUAUAAAACAAUGAAUGUUAAUUCGUAAAGGUCACUGACAUUAAUAACCGUCAAAUUUAUAUAGGAGUACAUGUACCCCUUUCUAACUGCAAAAUGCACCGCUGAUAGUCAUGCUCAGAUUUCUACCAAUGAUUCAACCUCCAAAAUUGCUAAAAAUGUGACCAAUAUUCAAACCGACUCUACAAGAACAGAUGCCAACGUUGAAUUAUCCUCCGAUGAUACCACUCGGAACACUUUUACUGAGGAUAUCAAUAUCCAAAUGGACAAUAUUACAAAAGGCGUUAUCAAUGCAACAAUGCACAAUGAUUUCCCGUCAAGGCCUAUUGCAAAUGAUACCAGUAUCCAAGAACACUACACGAAAACAGAUGUCUAUAUUGAGACACUCUUUACUGACAAUACCUUAGAAAUUUCAACAUAUAAAACCAAUAUAGAAAUCAACAACAUAAGUUCAAACCAAAUGAUCAAAGACAGUACAUACGGAAUCUCUGGAGCCGCUAUUGUAAUAUUUAUAGGCAUAAUUUGUCUGAUUACUUGGCUUUUAAGACGUAAAAAAUAUCGUCAAGAAAAUCAUUAUGGCUGGAAGAAGAGUAAAGUUCAUGAAGUUGGACUUCCGAACAAUCCUCUUUAUCAUUGCUUUGACUCAAUAGAAUAUUCUAAUGAAAAGAAAUCAAAAGAACAAAAUGAAGGUUUCCUGCCUUCUACAAAUAAUGAAGAUGAUGCCAUACAAAGACAGAAGAAAACCAAAUCUAUGAUAUACCAUACAGAAUUGAAGAGCAGAGACGAAGCCAAAGUUGCCAGUUCAUAUUUUUAAAUAAGAUUUUAUGACAAUUUUGUAUCCAGGUUGCAAUCCAAACUUAGUUAUCUAGUUUAGUCAACUAAGGACGAAAUCUCUUUUGGAAAUGCUUGGAUACAAAUUUAUAGUAAUAUGUUCCGGAAAAUGAAAGUGUCACCUCCUACAGCAUUAUUUAAGAUAUAAAUAAAACUUGUGUGUAGCCAAUUAUUUCUUUGCUUACUAUGAUUUUAUAAACAUGUAUGAUAAUUAAUGGAAAAUCUUCAAUUUUCA